AUGCUCAGCAUCAAGAUCGGUGAGAAUGAGCAAUCUAGAAGGCAAGAGUUUCAGAGCCUGUCACAGGCCCAGCAAGAUGUCAUCACCCGCGUCUUAGAAGGCCAGAGGCUUCUGUCGAAAGAGCUCAGUAACGCAAUCGUUGCUUCAGAGGCCAAAAUAACAUCAAGAUUGACCGCUCAAGAUGUUCAGCUAAGUCGAGCCGCCGAACGACAAGCACUCCAGAUAGCCUUGCGCCGUGAGAACGAACUCAGCGAAUGCAAAAGACGUCUGCUGAAGGCCCUCGCCUUUCCUGAAAUCAACCAGCGGCGAAACAUGAUUGAAGGACGAAUCGAUGAUUUCGGCCAUACCCUUGUUUGGAUUUUCGGUCCUCCUGUCAGGCCAGAUACUCCGGAAAGCAUUCUGUCGCUGAACACUGCGAAUGAGAGCGGGACCGACGAAGCACAGGACUCUGAUCGCUCGGCAACGAGCCCCGCACUUCCGACGAGCACCCAGGACGAGGCUCCUCAAAUCGCGUUGGAGAGGCCUCCUUCGAACGACGAGACAAGGCAAUCAGAAGAAGGGGUGAGGACAAGAUCUCCGUCGCCCGCCUCCCUGCCUGGCACGCCUGGUUCAUUCCGAUCUGUUACCCCUCCCCUGCCUCCGACACUGCCACACUCAUUCGUCGAAUGGCUUGAGGGAGAUGACGACCUGUUCUGGAUCUCGGGCAAACCGGGUUCAGGCAAAUCCACGCUCAUGGAUUUCAUAUAUUACAGAAUGCAACCUGAGCAGAUCGGCCAUUCGCAUUUGCAGCAGUGGGCCGGUCCGAGGCCUCUCGGAGUUCUCUCGUUCUUCUUUUUCCGGCCCUCUACUACCUCUUUGCUUCGGACAAUCGAAGGAUUCUGGAGGGCGCUUUGCUUUCAGAUUCUCGACAUAGACCAGACCCUGGCUGAUAUCGCUCGUGAGAACAGCGAUGGGAAUGUUCCGUUGAAUUUACGGUCUGCUUUGUUGCCCAACGGAUCCAGUAUGGAGUCAUGGACAGACAAGGAGCUGCAGGCCUGGUUCAAUUAUCUCAUAGAGCAUUCUUCUUUUGCCUACUGUCUUCUUGUCGAUGGUCUGGACGAGAUGGAAGGCAAUCGUCAACGACUACUUAACGUCAUCCUGGAUCUCUGUCAGACAAACUCGAACUUGAAGAUUUGCAGCUCUAGCCGACCGGAGAGUCCUUUCCUCGCAACCCUAAGACAGUUUCCUCAUUUGCUACUCCAUGAUCUCAACGAUAACGACAUCUUCCAGGACUGCUCGCGGCGGCUCGUUGGAACCAAAGCCGAGAAAUAUAUAUCGCAAAUUACACGCCGUGCCGAAGGAGUUUUCCUUUGGGCGCACCUCAUCUCUUCGGACCUUGCGGAGGCAGCUCGGGAAGGUGAAGACGAAACAAGCCUGGACCUUCGAUUCAAGGAGUGUCCGGACGAAAUGACCGAUCUCUUCAAGCACAUGUUGCAACGGCAAGCAAAGUUCUACUUGAAGUACCCGAAGCCGUACCUUCGGCUUGUAGAUUUUGCGUCCAGUAUUGAUCGCGACACCUCUAUUUUCGAGCUUCUUGUUGCCACUCUACCCUCCGAACGCAGCCCACACUGGCCAUCCCUUACUGGGAGAUUCGACGAUGGUUAUUUGUCAUAUCUCGAGGAGCAGCUCGAGGGGCUCGGCCCAAGGGUCGAAGCCGCUUGUGCCGGUCUUGUCCAAUGCAUGCCAACAAAACAGACCGGGGCCGGUGUAGUAUGGGGCGAAGACAUUCCACCUCAGUACCCGCGCAUGCAGUUUGCCCUCAACUCCAGAGUCGCUUUCGUCCACCGUAGCGUGCAGGACUUCCUACACGAGGACGAGGCAGGUACACAAUACUUUGCCAAGUUCGAGUUGUCGGACGACCAGGCCGCCGGAAGAUUAGUCCAGGGCGCAGCAGCAACCCUCUUCAUCGACGAAACCAAGCUCGAUAAGGGUGUAUUUGAUCGCCAAGUCAUGCAUUAUCUCGAGGCAAUGACAGAUGAGGGCCGCAAUAUGACCACAAUUCCCGUGGUCGACGCUUUCUUUAGACAGUUGACUCGACGCUGUCUAUCGAAAACCAACGACGAGGAGGUCAGUCGUCUGGCUCAGUAUAUGGGCGCUCCGGACCUCCCACCAUUUGAGGAUAUCGCUCUCGCCUAUACGUCAAUGCAUACGCUCGACGGUUUUGUGCGUGCUUACGUUGGGGCCUCGGAAGUCAAGCUUAGGGACACGGCCGCUGCCUAUGCUCUGUGCACAUAUCUCAACUCUGCCUGGAAUCGAUUCCGCGGGGACCUGGUCUCGACAGUAAUCACAGACCUAGACCCGCUGAAGGAAUACACCUUCGCAUAUCACGGUACUGGUCCCCCACAAGACAGAAGUGACAGUCUUGGCAUUGUUUGCACACGUCCACUCGUCGAUCAUGUGCUUGUUGCCUACGCUGGAAACAUUGGCCCAGAGUACGAAUUGGAUUUUCUAAGGUUUCCAGCACAUUUCUUCGACUGUGGAGAAACUGGCAUGCAUAGUGGCCAUGUAGAAGGCUGGCUUCUGGGCCAUAGUCGAACCAUCAGAGGGGCAUAUCCCAUUCCGGACAACGAUUGCAACUUCAUGAAGGAGAAAAUCGAAGAGUGGACGAUCUUGGUUUUUAGCAUUCGCAUCCAAGAUGUCUUCAGGGGAGAUUUAUUUCCCGUUAAGAUUACGCGUUGGAAACCGAGCGGCACGAGACGCUUUCUUGAUCUCAGGGAGGACGUGGUGGAAAGAUUUCGGCAAGCCCACAGUCGUGGAUCAUGGGAGUCCCUCGGCAACGAUUUCUUCCAGAACUUGACGGACAGCUAUAACGAUCUCGUCUUGGAACUCAAUUCAGAGGAAAGAGAGAAGAUUCUCCGCGGAGAACGGUCGUGGAUUGAGUCGUCGUUAGAUGUGACACAUACGCCGAACAAUGCUUAUGGCCGGUCCAGCACUCUUUACGAAAUGUUACUGGGACUUUCGUCUGGUGGGCCAAUUCCGGGUUCAAUCGGUGGUGAUGAUUUGAGAAUCCCAAGCAGUUGGGCAGAGUAUGGACAACGAGGGAGGCGAGGAAGGGGGCGUUUGCGCAAGCUUGAAUAUCGAUCCAACUCGCCAUCGCCAUCGCCAUCAAUAUAA